UUUCCGCGUUCAAGCCGGACGGAGUGCGUCUAGGGCCCGCAGACCUGCCCGGGAACGCGUAAAGCCGCACGCACGCACCGCCCACGUCCAGUUUGCGAAUCCGGAGGCGACCGGUUCCAAUAAUGCCCCGGAAGGCAGCUAAUCCAGAGGAGGCAGCUGGAGAGCCGGACCCUGAGGAGAUGGAGGCUGGACGGCCGCGGCCGGUGCUUCGCUCGGUGAACUCGCGCGAGCCCUCUCAGGUCAUCUUCUGCAACCGCAGUCCGCGCGUCGUGCUGCCUUUGUGGCUCAACUUUGACGGCGAGCCCCAGCCCUACCCGACCUUACCACCGGGCACCGGCCGCCGCAUCCACAGCUACCGAGGUCAUCUUUGGCUCUUCAGGGAUGCGGGGACCCAUGAUGGACUUCUGGUUAACCAAACAGAGCUGUUUGUGCCAUCCCUCAAUGUCGACGGACAGCCUAUUUUUGCCAACAUCACAUUGCCAGUGUAUACCCUGAAAGAACGGUGCCUGCAGGUUAUUCGAAGCCUGGUGAAGCCUGAGAACUACAGGAGACUGGACAUCGUCAGGUCGCUCUAUGAAGAUUUGGAAGACCACCCAAAUGUGCAGAAGGACAUACAGCGGCUGACCCAAGAGCACCUUGAGAAUAAGCACCUGGGAGAGGAGCCUGAAGGAGUCCAUUGAGAGUAGUGGUCCUGAAUUUCAGCCUUGAUGGUCUGAAAUUGAUCUACAUAUAGGACAGGUCACUUUCUUUCAGUUUUAAAAUGGUUCAUUCUUGGAGUAAAAUAUCCAUCAUGUAAAAGAAAGUUAACUAACGUCACUGAGCCUUGUAGUGUUUAAGAAUAAACAUGCAAAGUGCCGCUGAGUCUGCCCUUUGUAGAGCACUCGGGAGAAGGGGCUAGCAGCUUUGCUUCCUGGUGAGGCUGGAGGUUCAUUGUAAGGAUGUCUGUGUAUGCUCUUCAGCAGGAGCUGCGCUGUGUCCUUUAUCUGAAGAAUGCUGCUGCAUUUGAACAGAGGGCCUCCACCUCUUGCUUUGGGAAGUCUGAGAAGGCCCUAACACUGGGAUGUGCCUAAUGUUUGUGGAGUCUUCAGUCAUGAAUGUUGGAUGAAGAAACCAUUAGGUGCUUGGUGGAAGAGUUGGGAGGGUCUGGCUCUUUGUCUGAGGAAAGCCUUAAGUGCACACAUAAAGGAGCAGCUUAGCAGCUUCUGGUUAGGAAGAACUCUGAUUUUUUUAUGUCUCAGCACUUUCUACUUUGUUUGUUUUUUAUUUUAUUUUUGAGACUUUUGUGUAGCCCAGGCCAGCUUCGGUCUCUCAAUAGGGAUGCAGGUCCUGACUUCCUGACCCUCUGGGAAUGUGUCCCCUGCCCCAGCACUGGGAGCACAUGUGUGCGUGCCAGCCUGCUGUGCUCUUGCUCUUCCCAUUUAGAGACGGGCUCCUCCUGUAGCCUGUCUGGCCGAGGGCUGGAGUUGGUCCUGCUUCCCGACCUACACUGCACUCUGGCAGUGUGCUUUGUGAGCUGGGUGGGCUCUCCGUACUCACUGCCACAGACAGUACUCACUGACAGAAGAGCCAUCCUUGUGUUGAAGUCUGGUUUUGAGAGCUCCUGUCUUUGAGGAAGCUGCUGGCAGGAGCAGGGAUUUCUAUUCCUUUUUUUUUUUUUUUUUUUUUUUUUUUUGGUUUUUCGAGACAGGGUUUCUCUGUGUAGCCCUGGCUGUCCAGGAACUCACUUUGUAGACCAGGCUGGCCUCGAACUCAGAAAUCCUCUGCCUCCCAAGUGCUGGGAUUAAAGGCGUGCGCCACCGCCUGGCAGGGAUUUCUAUUCCUUCCUGUCGGCCCCUAGCAUUCCACUUUGUUUUGGAAGGCCCUGGUUCUGCUUUCAUUGGAGAAGGGAGUGAAGCUCCAGUCAGCCACACACUCCAAACAAUGGGUCACAGAGCAGUCUGGAACGUGCAGUAGUCUUAUGGAUGGUCACGGCUUUUCUUGCAUAUUCAAAUAUUCAUAUUCAUUACUUCUAUCAAAUAUUUUGUGAAACAUAAUUUUUUAUUUGUUUUUAAUUUUCUUAGCAGAGAAAAAUUAGAGAGCCCUGGGUAUUGUGGCAUACACCAGAAAGGACAAUCAACUAAUAGGAAGCAGAAAGGCUGUCAUGUAGUCUCAGAUUCAUGUAACCCCUGUAGCGGGUGUUCUCUGUAGAGUAUAUUUUAAUUGGUUAAAGCAGUAUUUUAAUUGGUUAAAGCAGUUUGUCGUAGCCAAGAUCAUAAGGUAUAUACAGUUUUGUAUCCUGAUUUUUCAUUAAACUUCAUUGUCUUUUGUUAGUUUUUUUUUUCUCCUCUUCUUUGUUUUUUAGGUUUGUUUUUUUUUUUGUUUUUUGUUUUAUGGAGACAGGGUUUCUCUGUGUAACCCAGGCUGUCCUGGAACUCCUUUUGUAGACCAAACAACUGAUUACUGGCCUCAAAUGGAGAGAUCUGUCUGCCUCUGCCUCCCCAGUGCUGAGAUUGAAGUAUGCCUAUCUUCAUCUAACUUUGUAAGUUCUCUUUUCCAUGUUACUGCACACACUAUAAAUACCGGUGUGCCAUCCUCUUCCUUUGAGGGUGACUGUUGGGAGUAUUUGUCCAAAUCCUGGGCUCCUUGAGUGCAGUCUGAUGCUCUAAGAUCAGCAAAAUGACUGAACUAAAUCCUGACACUUCCCACUGUCGUCUCAGUGUCUCUCCUUAGUCUGCAACAUUCCAUGAAUGAAGUGGCCACAGGCCAGUGUGGAGGGCCUGUGUGUGGGAAUAGAAGCUGCCAAGCUAUUGCAAGAUCGGUUUUAUUUCUUUAAACCUAUCUCUGUCUCUAAAAGAUGUAAUGUUUGUGUUAUUCAACUGGAAGUUUGUACUGUUCUCUGUGCUGUCGCCACUUUUUGGACAUGAGUCACUUGUCCUGGGACAUCUGUAAAUGUGUUCUUCAGACUGUGUUUUCUCCUUUGAGUUUUCUGAAAAAAGCUGGCCUUUAGUACAAUAAAUGGUGCUGAGUGAAGGAA